CGCCGCCCUCGGCGGCCAGCGAUAGGUCCCACCCCACCUAGGCGACCUGCGGCCGGGGGCGGGGAGACGCGGCGGGGACGCGCAGCGCGGUGGUUGAGCGGCCGAGAGAUGUGGGCUCCGAGCGGCCCGGGGCCCUCGGGCUGGGACCGCCGCAGGGUGGGCGCGCGGCUGCGGGCUGCCCUGGCCGGGCUGCAGGAGCUUCAGGGGCUGCGCGCCACUCAGCAGGCGCGCGUGCGGGGCGCCCUGGGCCUGCACCCUGCGCCCGGGCCCCGCGACCAGGGGCUGAGGCUGGAGGCGGCGCUGGCCGCGCUGCGGGAGCAGCUGUCACGGUUAAGGCGACAGGAUGUCGGCUUGAAGACUCACUUGGACCAGCUGGACCAGCAGAUAAGCGAGCUGCAGCUGGAUGUAAGCAGGUCAUCCUGCGAGGGCCUCGACAGUGACAGCAGGCCCAGCUCAGGUUUCUACGAGCUGAGUGAUGCUGGUUCCUGCUCCCUGUCUACCUCGUGUGCGUCUGUUUGCAGUGACCGCCUCUCCCCCUCCCUGGGCAGCUGGCUGCCUGUGUUACAGCCCUCUAAGUCCAGGUGUGGCAUAGGAGACUGGCGGCCCCGCUCUGCUGAUGAGACCACUGUCCCUGCAUGGAACUCACAGCCCAGUAGAGAAGACAGCAGGCUCCUGCACGGUGCAGAAGACACAGGCCGGCCGAGGGGCAUGUUCCGGCCCAGACCAGUGUCUACAGGCGAUCUUGAGAGAGUCCUCCCAGAUGACCUGGGGCUCCAGAGAGCUGGUACUGAUGCUGCAUCCUCAUCCCUCCUCUGCCACGGGAUAGAGGUCCCGGCCCAUGCACUGGACCCCAAGUACCAGCGUGAUUUGGUGGCCAGGGGUGGCCAGGAAGUGUACCCGUAUCCCAGCCCCCUGCAUGCAGUGGCUCUUCAGAGCCCCCUCUUUGCUCUGCCUAAGGAAGUGCCCCGCCUUGACAUCCAUUCGCCUCCCCGGGAGCCUCCUUUGGUCCCUGUGGAUCAGAACAAGACUCGGACUGGCCCAAUCCUUGAGCUGGGCUCUGCUGAAGCCUACAUCCAGCGGCUAUUGCGUCUACGGGGCCCAGAGCUCCCUCUGAGAGAUGUGUUGCAGGAGCAGGGAAGUAACAUGACUCCUUUCCCACGGAAGCCCUGUGGCCAGAGGUCAGACAGUGCAGGCGAGCUGGCCUGUGGGAUGGACAGGGGAGGAAAGAAACCAAGUAUGGAUGCUGCCAAGGACAGCCUCAAGCAACAGGGGUCCAUGCCCCUUGUGAAUACCGAGCCCCUCCGCAGUCCCCCAAAGGAGGAGGCCAUACCUUGGAAUCCCCGUGUCCCAGGAGACAGCACUGCAGGCCCCUCUCUCUGCUCCCAGGCCCAGGGGCCUCACAAUGAUUAUGGCCAAGGACGAGUCCUGUCACCAACCAGGGUGCUGGGCCCUGAGAGCCCCCCUCUGGCCCCAGGGCCCUUUGCCUACCCAUCCUGCACCACUGGUGAAACCUCCCCAAUGAGCGUGUCGAUAGGCUCUCCCCAAAGCAAAGCCGUAAAGGUCAGAGGAAGAGUUGGUGACAAAGUGCCAAGGCUAGGGAAGCAGUUUGCACCACAGUCCGAGAGACAGCGGGGCAUCCGUGCCAUGGUGCCUCCAGAGUGGGACCCCUCAUCCAGGCCCCAGAGGGGAGGGCUCGGCAGGGGGCCCACACUGGCCAGAGAGCCUUCUGGACGCUCCUGCUCUGAGUCUACCCUCUACCCUGUGCCCUUCUUUGUCCCGCUAGUGGUAGCCCGGCAGGAAGGUUACCCAGCAUCCCAAGCUGAGACAUCCCCACUUGGCUCAGCAGCCAGGAGAAAGCAGCGCAAGUGGCAAUCUACUAUGGAGAUCUCAGCCAAACCCCGCUUGGUCAGCCGUCCUGGGCCCAGCCUAGGGGCCUCUAUGUCCCCAGCCAGGAGAGCCUGUGGUCCCCUGGCCCAGAGCAGGCCCACUCUUGCCCGUCAGGACGCCUGUGCAAGGAGUGAGUCAGAGCACUCGGCAGAGCGUGCCUCACUUUUCCACUCAACCAUUGCGGAAACCAGCGAGGACGAGGAGGCCAGUGACCACACUGCCAACCGCUUUGGGGACGAGUCCAGCAGCAACGAUUCAGAAGGCUGUGUCCACAACAGCCGCGGUGGCCCGGGGAUACGAGGUGCAGGGGCUGGGCACUGGGAGCGGGCCUGGCCUCGGGUGCCCUUCCAGCAGUCUCCACGGGCCCCAGGAGCCACCAGGCCAUCCCUGCCCCCUGUGCCCAAACUGUGCCGCAUCAAGGCCUCCAAGGCCUUGAAGAAGAAGAUCCGCAGGUUCCAGCCAGCAGCCCUGAAGGUCAUGACCAUGGUGUGACGCCAGCCUUUCAGGUCAAGCCUAGGAAACCCCGUCCCGCGCCAUGUGAUGAGCACACUGAUGCACUGCAGCCGGUUUGCUUAGGUUUCUCACUCACCAUCCCUGUGGCUGUGAGCUCCCUGGGGUGAUUUUCCUCCCGGCCAUUUUCAUCGCAUGAUCCCUGCCUGAGCUUUGUUCUCCUUCAUGCUCUGGCUUGUAUGUGGAGAGAGGUCUCCAACAAGGCAUUCCCUCCCAGAGACGCAUUAGAUACAUCGCAUCCUGUUGGGGGAACCAGACUGGAAUUCGGCUCCAUAUUACCCCGGUAUGAAUAAACCCACGCACCGCACGAUGCUGGUGUAGUACCAAAUAAAAGAACCUCAUUCCCUUUCUCCGGCAGCCAC